UUACAUCUGCACGAACUCCCCAGGUUGUUUACUUCCCGUGAAGGCCGCCGUGCAGGGAGAGAUAUGCCAAGAAUUUCGUAGUGGGAGGUUCUCCGCUAGAAGAAAUAGAAGAAGAGGAAGAGGAGAGAAAGGAGAGAUUUUCGGGAAGAAAAAAGGUUGUUUUUAGCACACGAAUCAAGCGAGUUUCCACCAUGCCCGUGGGUGCUGGCGGUCUGCUCAGCUCCAAGCCAAAGCCUUCAGCAGAAAAUGUACGUUGUCAGAAGUGCUUGGAAUUUGGCCAUUGGACCUACGAGUGCAAAGGUAAAAGAAAGUAUGUGCACAGAGACUCACGGACAUCUGUACUUAACAAACGGCUGAAACAAGAGAAACAGGAGCAACAGGUAGAACAUCUAAAAACUUUGGCUUCACAUAAAAAGAAAAGGGAGAAAAAGGAGGAGGACAGUGAUUCAAGUGACUCAUCCUCUUCGUCGUCAUCUUCUUCGUCAUCAUCUUCAUCUUCAUCUUCAUCAUCAGACUCAGAUUCUGAUUCUGAUUCAUCAUCCAGUUCAUCUUCUUCUGAUUCAUCGUCUAGCUCCUCAAGUUCAUCAGAUUCAUCUUUGUCUUCAGAUUCUUCCAGCUCAGAAGAACAGAGGAAAAAGAAGAAAAAGAAGAAAGACUCCAAGUGAAAAAAAUUUUGUUCCUGAAUGUGAGAAUUUCAAAAGAAUGGUUGUUGGUCAGAAAUUUUAAAAUCUGUUUCGUGGUAUGUUGAAAUGUUAGGUGAAAUAAGCAGUGGGUAUGAAAUGUAAUGAUGAAAAUUCUUAAUAUGCCACAGUACCGUGGCUUCAUUGAAAAGCUUUUUGUUUGCAAAAUAUUAAUAAUAAAAAAAAAACUUGUUGAGAGUAACAAGCUGCUCCUGGACUGCCUCAUCUGCUCUAAGACCAGGACCUUCAUGGGACCAGUUGCUAUGCGUUUUUAUCUUUGAGAAUUGCCGUUUGGUAUGAAAUUUAGUUGGAUGAGUGGAACAAAUGCAAAAGUUGUAAUUUGUAGACAAAUGUUCUAGUGUUCUAAUCUUUUAUUGUAGUCGUUGAUAUAUUUCUAAAGAAAAUAAAAAAGACGGUAUCACUUUUG